CAUCAGACUGCGUUUACGCAGGUCGCAUCUCCAUUUUGGCUGAUUCCAGCUGAUUCUGGCAUCUCUGUUGCAAGGUCAUGGACAUUUCGAAGAUUUAACCUUUAUCGCUAACUUACUUAUUUACAUUUUAAACGAGGUUUUAUGCAUUUGGUACCGAAGCGGUGGCGAUAGUGACGAUUGAUAGAAAUUAUUCGUGUAAUUACACUGAAAUGAAGUGUUUUCAAUGUUAAAAAAUACUUCUGUUUCGUCGUAAUAAAAUUCAUUAAUAUAUUACAGCCAAAUCUUUAAACAUUCAUCAUGUCAACGCCUAAAUUUCCUAUAAAAGAAACACAGUUAUUACCUGAUCAACAUGAGUUUAUUGUGCCAAAAAAAUGUAUCAAAGUGCCAACUGAUAUAACAGUUUGGCAAAAAUCAGAAGCAUACUUUGAAUAUUUGGGAUUUAUAUUGGCACUGAAUGAAGCUGUUCAAGGGAAAACUUUAGAUACAGAAUGUGUACAAUCUCCUAUAUUGACCAAUGUUAUACAAAUGUUAAAUAAAUUUGAUGAAUGGAUAACAGAAAUUCCACCUACUGAGCAGCCUCAAAGAUUUGGUAACAAAUCAUUUCGCACAUGGCACGAAAAACUACAGCAGAAUGCAGCGGAGGAAUUAAAACGGGUGUUGCCAGAGAAAUUGCAUCGUGCAAUACCAGAGAUUGUUCAGUAUUUAGAUGAAAGUUUUGGAAAUCCUACCCGUAUAGAUUAUGGUACAGGCCAUGAAAUGGCUUUCCUUAUGUUUCUUUGUUGCAUGUUUAAAAUAGGCGCAUUUAAGGAGGAUGAUAAAGUUGCUGUUGCAAUAAAAGUAUUUAAUAGAUAUCUUGAGUUGGUGCGUAGACUUCAGUUGACAUAUCGCAUGGAACCAGCAGGUAGUCAUGGUGUUUGGAGCUUGGAUGAUUACCAAUUUAUACCCUUCAUUUGGGGAAGUGCUCAACUCAUUGGACAUCCUCGGAUAGAACCUCGUCACUUUGUAGACCAAGGUGUUGUGGAAUCUUACAGCAAGAAGUACAUGUUUCUUGGCUGCAUCGAAUUUAUUUCAAAAGUGAAAAUAGGACCUUUUGCCGAACAUUCAAAUCAAUUGUGGAAUGUGAGCGCAGUAUCCACCUGGUCAAAAGUCAACAGUGGUCUUAUUAAAAUGUACAAAGCAGAGGUGUUGGCAAAGUUUCCUGUUAUCCAACAUGUCUUCUUUGGUUCUCUAUUACCAUUGAUACCAAUGAAUAAUCCCUCAACAAACCCUAAAACUCGUCUGAAUGAAUCAGCAGCAGCAUCACAAUGAGGAAAUUACACAAGAUUAUAUUAAAUAUAUUUGUUACUGAAUCUUUUGUCAUACUUCUCAGUUUUUGUAAUGCAAAUAUACAAUAUCCCAUGUGCUACAGUGCUCAUA